AGAUCGAUUACAGAAUGAAGCCUAACAACUUGUGGGUGUUUAUAGUUUCAUGCUGCUACAAAAGUGUUCCAACAGGAUGUGUUUACAACACAUUAACCUUGCAGGGAGUGACCAGUGUGCGACUUCUUCCCAUGGAUCGCACCGACGACAACGAGAAAUGGGGAGACUGGCUUGUCAGCGUCAUUAUACAAUACGCUGGUGCCAUCUCGUCAAAUCCUGUCGAAAGAGAUACCGAUAUUGCUGAACUGCUUUUCUAUCUGGGACAUCAAGCUGCUAUGCACGACGGUUACAAGAAUUGUGGAGCGUGGAAGAUGCUGAUAUCAAUUCAGGACAGUAAGCAUUUAAAUUACAAGACAAAAGAGCAGUAUUUUGCCGCCUAUGCGAAGAGACUUUUAAAAGAAGCAAAAGCGGAAGACUCCAUGCAAUACAAAGGCGACAAGGGGAAUCCCCAGGCUUCUGCAGCCACCGACCUACAGCUCCAUACAAUGCCGCGCGAUGCAGUUGCUUGUACAAGAGACCAACAAAUAGAUUCGGAAAUAAAGCGCUUGAGGGAUAUUAUUGCGGAACAGACGACCGUCAUAGACAGCUUGAAGAAGCGUGUGGGCUCAGUUGAAUGUCGCCUUCUUCCCAAGCCUCCUUCGUUCUGAUCGUCCCAUUCUGAUCGUAAUCGUGCCGGCCAAGGUUUUCAUAAUGCGGUGCAAACAGUUCCAGUUCGAAGCUGCUACAGUACGUGAAUAAAGAUACAUUAACAAUUUGUUCACAUCAAAAAGAUUUUUUCCCAGAUCGUUACAAUACUUCUACCCAAUUAUUAUGUUUUGAAUUUGCAGCAUUAGGUUUUACAUGUGUUCACAAAGCAUACAACAGCUGCAAAAUGAUAAGAUCGUAACAUACGAGAAGCGAAGAAACCGGCACAAACAGCUCAUAUGUAUUGUUAGGCAAAAUGGAUUUUCGCAAUGGAAUCUGGACUGCCGGGUUGCCGUUUAGAAAUAAUUUAUGCGGUAAAAUGAAGCGCAACAGUUCCUACGGCCGCAAAAUAAGAUAUAGGUAGCGACAAAAUCAGUUUAAACGAGAAACCAUUUUAUUUCUCUAUUGCACCAGACAUGCAAAACAAAACAGGAUCAGUUUUGUCCAAGUGUUUCACCAUGUUGUGUCUAACUGCU